AUGAGAAUUGGUGUCCAGGGUUGCUGUCAUGGCAUUUUGGAUAACCUGUAUUCCUUGGCUAGCAAGCAUAAUGUGGAACUUUUAAUUAUAGGUGGAGACUUUCAAGCAAUUCGAAACUUAUCUGACUUUCAUUCUAUAUCUGUCCCCGCUAAAUUUAAGCGUCUAGGUGAUUUUCACAAAUAUUACUCGCAGGAGAAGAUCGCUCCUAUACUAACUAUAUUUGUUGGUGGAAAUCAUGAAGCUAGUAAUUACCUCGAAGAACUUCCUUAUGGAGGAUGGAUUGCACCCAAUAUCUAUUAUAUGGGAAGGUCAUCUGUUAUUCGCGUUGGAAAUUUACGAAUUGGCGGCAUUAGCGGCAUCUACAGUGAAUUUGAUUACAGAAAAGGUCGGUAUGAACGUUUGCCAUACGAAUAUAAGAUGCUGAAAAGUGUUUAUCACACCAGAGAGUUUGACGUUCUUUCUUUAAAAUCGCUUCGUUCUCCUAUUGAUAUUUUUCUUUCGCACGAUUGGCCUCGGGGAAUUGAACAACAUGGCGAUACAGCUAAAUUAUUAAAAAACAAGCCUUUCUUUCGUAAAGAAGUUGAACAGAAUGAUCUUGGAUCUCCAGCGUUAGAAGAAAUUUUAAACUCCAUAAAACCAAAAUACUGGUUCGCAGCUCAUCUACACACUCGUUUUGCCGCUACUGUUCAUCAUAAGGCGGUUCCACCUUCCGUCUAUAACGAUGUUUCUGAGCUAGAAGAAUCCCGUUCUUCAGAAGAACAACAUGAAAUUCCAAAGAAAGCUCGUACUGAAGCAAACCCCGAGUUUGAUCCUGAACAUUUGAAAGAAACCAAUGAUUGCGAUGAUGAUGCUAGCCUAGUUCCAUCAACUUCCACUACACAAUUUCUAGCUUUAGACAAAUGUCUACCAAGACGAUCUUAUUUUGAAGUUGUUGAAAUUGAACCCACAGAGCCCUUUCAGGAAGGCGAUCUUUACAUGAAAUACGACCCUGAAUGGUUGAGCAUUGUCCGAGCAAUGAAGCCAUUUCAAUCAAGCUUAGUGAAGCAAACCCCUUUACCACCUGUGGAUGAAUUACAUAAUUUGAUUGAUAAAGAGAGAAAGUGGGUUGAAGAUAACAUUGUUCAAAAGAAUAAGUUGGGCAUCCUUCGAAACUUUGCUCCUACAGCUCCUUUUCAAUCACGUGGAAUUACGGACAGAAUUAUUCCUGCUACUUAUGUGAACCCUCAGACUACUUCCUUCUUACAGUUGGUCGGAUUGCAACCUGAGGGCAAUGAACCUUUACUUUCUUCGUCCAUAAAAAACGAAAACGAAAUCGAGUUAUGA